AUGUCUUUAGGAACUUUAUACGUUACUCAACAAACUAGAAGUUGGGUUCCAAAAGGAAUUGUUAAACAAUUCAACUUAGAUGUUAAAUUAAGUGAUAAAGAUGAAACUUAUCACAAUAGUUUUCCAUUAAAUAAAAUUCCAGCUUUUAUUGGUCCAAAAGGAUUUAAAUUGACUGAGGUUAUAGCUAUUAGUCUUUACUUAAUUAACAUUGCCGAUCCGAAAUCAAAAUUAUUAGGUAAAAAUGCUGCUGAAUACGCUCAAAUUCUUAAAUGGUCAUCACUCGCCAAUACAGAAUUAUUACCAACCGAAGCUAAGGUUUUUAAACCAUUGACUGGUCAAUCUCCAUACAACAAAAAACAAAUUGACGAAGGUAAUGCAUACUUAGAUACCGUGAAUGGUAUUUUUGAAGAAAGAUUAGCUAAUUUUACAUAUUUAGUUGGUGAAAGAUUAACUGUUGCUGAUCUCCUCGCUGCUACUUUCUAUGUUAGAGGUUUUGAAUUCUUAUAUGGUAAAGAAUGGAGAGCUAAAUUUCCAAGUAUUACUAGAUGGUUUACCACAGUUCUUGACUCUGAUUAUUUGAAAUCAAUUGUACCAGAAGUUAAAUUCAGAGAUGCACCAAUUGAAUAUCAACCACCAAAGAAAGAAAAGAAAGCAAAAGCUCCAGCUGAACCAGCUGCUAAAAAAGAAGCAGCCCCAAAAAAAGCUGCUCCAGCUGCUGAAGAAGAACCUGAACCAGCUGCUGCUCCAAAACCAAAACAUCCAUUAGAAGCUUUAGGUAAACCAAAAGCUCCAUUAGAUGAAUGGAAAAGAGUUUAUUCAAAUGAAGAAACUAGAGAAGUUGCUAUCCCAUGGUUUUGGAAAAAUCAAUAUGAUCCAGAAGAAUGGUCAUUAUGGAAAGUUGAUUAUAAAUAUAAUGAUGAAUUGACUUUAACAUUUAUGUCAAAUAAUUUAGUAGGUGGUUUUUUCAAUAGAUUAUCAGCAUCAACUAAAUACAUGUUUGGAUGUUUAGUUGUUUAUGGUGAAAAUAAUAAUAAUGGUAUUACCGGUGCUUUCUUAGUCAGAGGUCAAGAUCAUGUACCAGCUUUUGAUGUUGCACCAGAUUGGGAAUCUUAUGAGUUUACUAAAUUGGACGGUUCAAAAGAAGAAACUAAAGAAUUUGUUGACAAUAUGUUUGCUUGGGAUAAACCAGUUGAAGUUAAUGGUGAAAAAAGAGAAAUUGCCGAUGGUAAAGUCUUUAAAUAG